AUGGUUGAGCAGCUGAAAGGGAAAAUGAUCCUGAUGAAAAAUUCAGAUCAAAAUGUUCCCGAUGAUCAACCUGAAAUGUUCUUCAGGGAAACUGGGAAGAAGUUCACAGUCAAAUAUGGUGAUCGUUUGGAAAAUAUCAUGUGGGGAUACGAUGCUGACAAGAAGAUGUGGAUCGUGAAGCAAAAAAGUGGAGGAAUUGAAUAUUAUGAGUGGAAAGUCGACUUUAUGUCCUGGAAAAAAGUUGAUCUUUCAGAACUCAUCUACGCACCUUUCCACAAUCCAACCAAUGAUACCAUGGCAUGGUCCUUUAAGAAUGUUCUUGAGAUUAAAGUGAAAAAUAACUUUGAAGACUUAAAGACUACUUCAUUGUUUACUAAGAAGGCCAAGGGUGUCAUUGAUCCACGCAAACAAAACAAUGGUGAAUGUCAUAUGGCCAACCACAAAGCAAGCUAA